AUGUGCGACGGGUACCCACAACGAACGUUGAGGUGGUCGUACAAACACGAGAUAACGGCGAGUGAGACAUCGGAACAGCAUCACAAGUCGCCAGAGCCUCCAAACGAUAGCCGAUCGAAGUCUAAUGUGAUUCUGGACGGGGCUGAUGUCUCUACCCGUGAGGAAGUUGCUGAGGACAUUUACCCAAUACCGGUCCCCGAAACAGCUCUUUGGCCAGAAUCAGAAUGGAUGGGCCUAACAGAUCUUAUUGGCUUGGAUUCUACGAACAUGUUCGAUCAGGACUUCGGUGAUAGCCUUGGAUCGGUUGCCAUCGAAACUCCGACCUUGGACUUUUCGACUUCCAACUGGCUACCGGACUUCUGCUUCGCCAUGUCACCCCAACAAAGCUCAUGGUUAGAUCUUGGUAUAGCCGGCCAAACUCAACCACCAGGGAUUAACUCAGACUCUUCCAUGCGGCUACUGAAAUGUUGGUUCGAUGAAGUAUGCCCGGCAUGGUCCGGUUUCGACUCCAAGUCUAACAUGAAUCGAAAGAUAGCCGAGGACCUUUGGCAAAGCUCUCCCCCAGUCUUUGCCGCUCUUCAGAGCAUGUCAGCCAGUUUCCUGUCUGCACGGCUGCCGCAAAUGAGGCACUCUGCCAUGAGCCUGCUAAAGACAGCAACACUGAGCGUUCAAGCUGAGAUACAAGAGCUCAACGAGAAGAAUGUCCUAGACGAGAUGCCUACCGGUAUCAUAUUCGCACUAAUCUGCCUUGGGACGACGAUUUGUUGGUUGGAUACUCGUCGAGUGGGUUGGCCGUUUCUGCAAGAAGCAAAAACACUACUCCGCUGGAGCUCACAACAACAGUUUGCUGCUGAUACUGACAAGCUGGAUUUCUUUAACAAGAGUCUCACCUACUGGGAUAUGUUGAUAUCUUUCAUAUAUGAUCCAGAACCGGAGGCUGAUAUUCACCAAGUCAGCGCACUCCCCUCAUCCUACCAGAGAUCCAGAUCGUUGGAUACUUACAGCCAGUCUUCCUACGAAACGGAGCCUCAUCCCUGGACUGGCGUCUCACUACUGAGCACGACCCUUCUCGCGCGGUCGAUUCGCCUUUGUCGGCUCUAUCGCCAUCGAACUAAUGAACGAAAUCUUGACUCGCCUCCAACAACACCAGGAAUUGAGCAGGCAAAGGAGUUGGAGGUAGAGUUACUACAACUGCAGCUUUCGCCCAGGCCGUCGCUCAACGAUACUGGCGACCAGCGCACGCCAGCUACUCACCUCCUACAUGUUGCUGAAGGCUAUCAACUCGCCUCCUUGCUACAGCUCUAUAUACAGUUUCCUGCCUUAUUAGUGCCCCAUUCUCAACUUGUGCCGCGAGACCCCAGUGAACAAGAGAUAACCAUGCUAUGGCACAAGCGCAUCAUACCCCUAACUCUUCGGCUCAUAGAAGUUCUGGAGCAUAUCCCGUCCGAGUCUGGCAGCUGCGCUAUCCAGCCGCUUUUAUAUAUCUGUGCUGCCACAGGUCUUCGAUACACACCAACCUUACCACUUGACGCAGAGUCAAACUCCAUCAGCGGUGGUAGUCAGGUCAAGCCAAGGCCAAUGGAGAGCAUUCUUGACUAUCUGGACCUUCUCAAAGACCCACUUGAACAUUCCAAGGAGGAGGCGGACCCUUUAUCCGUGUCACAGAUGGCGCUUGACGUCAGCAAAGGGCGAGCCUUUAUCUUACGGCGUCUUAGUGUCUUUAAAGAAUGCUUGCACCCUGGUCCAAUCGAAGUCGCUGAAAGAUUUACGAAAGAAUUAUGGGCUACUUAUGAUGAAGCACCCCGGUGGAGUAUGGACGUUUGUUGGAUCAGCCUUAUGGAGAAGAAGGACCUCCGAACGUUGUUUGGAUAA